ACGGUCGGCAGGCUGAUUCUUCUCUAGAGUCCAAUCAAGAAGCCACGACGAGGUGGUGACAGAGUGAUCGUAGCGAGAUUUUACAGAUGUGUGGUGUGUGUGGUGCCCGUGCUGCGAAACAGGAGUUUUGAAUUGUUUUCGUAAUUUGAGAAUUCGAAGAAAAGAGGGAGCCUCAGGACAAAGAAACAGCGCGUGAGCGUCGGCUGCGUUCGGUGGCCUGCGUUUCCUUUCUUUCUUAGGUGUGUACCAACGUCAUCAUGGCGUUCUACCAUGGCUAUCCACGUGUCACUCCGUUCUAUUGUCCACGUGUCGACUCUCCACUUGUCAAUGCUAUAUGUACUCACGUGCUUACGCUGUUGAUCAUCCUGGCCCGCGUUUCCUGUGCGUUGGCAGUCCCGUGUAGUGCCGUCGAUCAGCAGCAGUGCACAGCCUACGUGGCCUACAGACUGCAGGUUGGAGAUAUGGAGGCCGACAUAGCCAGUCGAUUUGGAUUAGGUCGCGAUCCCGACUUGAUGAGCUCGAUCGGGUCAGGCCUGCAAAUCAUUCCAGUAUUCUGUUCGUGUACGAACAGAAGCAGCAGCCAGAGUGCGAGUGGGUUUGAGACGGCCAGACUGACGUACACAGUGCAGUCUGGGGACACGGUGGACAAGAUUGCGACGUCCAAGUACCAAUCGUUGACGUCAACGACCGAGAUCGGCGCGGCUACCGGGCUGCAGAACGUAGACGUGAUAAACCCGGGCGACGUCCUCCGGAUCCCGAUCCCCUGUGCAUGUAAUCGGACCUCGGCAAAGGCGUCGCAAUCCCGAUCCUACUUGACUUAUGGGCCCGCGUCGGGGUCGGAGAAAUACGCCACCAUCGCGCAGACCUUCAACUCCACGGCCAGGGCCAUACUAGACCUUAACGGCGUGGUGGGCGAUCCGGUCACCGUUAGCUCCACCGUUAACCCCAGUCAACGGCCUCAACCUCUAAUCAUUCCCACGAAUAAUUCUUAUCCCAGAUUGCCCGGCGGAGACACCAGCAGCCCGCCGCCCCUUAACGGAGGAGGGGCCACUAACGGUGGCAGUCCGCCCGUUAGCGGAGGAGGGGGCACUAACGGUGGCAGUCCGCCCGUUAGCGGAGGUGGCACCAAUAAUAACGGCAGUAUUCCCACUGACGGAGGAGGCAAUCAAGCUCUGUCGAUAUGGAUCGGUAUCGCGAUUGCAAUUGUGAUAGUGGUUGGAGGCAUGGCGAUGCUGAUCGUGUUUUUUGUGAUAUGGAGGCGGAGACGGCCGACGCCGGGACCGGGACAAGUUGUCGAGACCAGUCGCUUCUGGCACUGGCUUUCCAAAGCAGGCCUCUUGCGACAUUCCAGCUCUCUCGGCGCCAUGCGAUACUCCAAGUCCGGUAGAUUACCGGGCGGUGAAGCUACCACCACUGCCGCCGGAGGAGGAGGAGGAGGAGGAGGAGGAGGAGGAGGAGGAGGAGGAGGAGGGGAUAAUUGGGUUUCGCUUGACGAUGAGGAGGAGGACAGGAGGGUUGUGUUCUCACUUAGAGAGCUGGAGGAAUCGACGGACGGAUUUAAUGAGGCUAAUCUGAUUGGAAGAGGGGGGUCUUGCGAGGUAUUUUACGCCAAUCUCCGCGGCAGAGAGGUGGCCAUCAAAAAGAUGAGGUUCGAUUAUUCCCGGGAGUUUAAAAAGGAGCUGAAAAUUCUAAGUAAGGUUCACCACAGGCACCUUGUUCAGCUGAUAGGCUUCUGCACGGAUCGCAAUUUGUUCCUUGUGUACGAGUACUGUCACCAAGGAACGCUAAGCAGUCAUCUGCACGAGCCAGCAACCCACGGUGCUCUGGAAUGGCCGGCGAGGGUUCAAAUCGCAUUGGAUGCAGCAGAAGGGCUGCAGUACAUACAUGAACACGCUAAGCCUUCCUAUGUUCACUGCGACAUCAAGUCGGUGAAUAUUCUGCUCGAUCAGGAGCUAAGGGGUAAAGUCGCCGACUUUGGGGUUAUCAAGCUCACCCCGGCUGCCAACAGCGGCGGCGAUGGCGGUUCGCUGGCCAUGACUGGUUCGGUGGCCAUCACCACAACAGCUAUGGUGGUGCAAGAUCACACCGUGUCGACGAAGUUUGCAGGAACCAUGGGGUACAUGGCCCCAGAGUACAUGAUCUAUGGCAGAGUGUCGCCCAUGUGCGACGUCUACUCCUUUGGUGUCGUCCUUCUGGAGCUACUCACUGGGCAGAAAGCCAUACUACCCAGCGAGCCAAGGGUCCAAAGUCCGAACCUGGACCUGGGUCCCGACGCAGUUCCCAGGCCUGCUUACCGGGAAAGGGCUCCUUUCCGGCCGUUUCUCACUGAAGUGAUGGUACCGCGCAUCAAGGACAUGAAAGCACCGGCCCAAGUCUGCCCCAUUGUAGACCCCCAGCUUGGCAGCGACUAUCCACAAGACUUGGCUUUGCAGAUCGGGAGACUUGCUAUGCAGUGUGUUCAGCACGAACCGGAGCUUAGGCCACAGAUGCGGCGAGUUGUGUACCUCUUGGAUGAAAUACUUGCGGAUACUAGGAGGCGAACCCAUCAACCCUCCUCCGCCCCUUCCUCCGAUGGUAGUAGUCAUCACCAGCAUACAGGGUCCAGCACUGGGGGGUUCUUAUGAAGUUGGUCCUGCUGUUGAGAAAAGGGGAAAUAAUAAAAAUAUCCCUCUCCUAAAAAUCCGGUAGUGGUCACCAGCAUACAGGGUCCAGCACUGAGGGGUUCUUAUGAAGUUGGUCCGGCUGUUGAGAAAAGGGGAAAUAAUAAAAAUAUCCCUCCCCUAAAAAUCCGGGGACCGGGCAUGAAAGAUGGCUCAUCUGUUUCAUUUCGGCCUCCUAAAAGAUCAGGUACCCCGCAAUGUGAAAAGGAGGCCCACCAAUGGGCUUAGGGUUUUUGGUACACCCAUAAACUGUUGAAAAGGAGGCCCAGGUAGUGGUGGUUUUUACAGGUUUUGUUUUGGCAACUGGAGGAGGUGUUCUUGUAUUAUCAAACAGAAGGGAAGCUGAGGAUGGGUGGGAAGCUUUCCUUUUUUCUUUCUAAGGACUGGUAAUCUAGUAGGUUCUUGUAGAAUGUGAGCAGCUAUCAUGUGGAGUCCAGUGGUGAGGCCUCCAUGUUAAAAACCCUCACUCUGAAAUCUGGGGUCGGUGGGGUUUGCGUGGAGGAGGGGUGGAAAGGGGUAAAGAGGGUAAAGAGAGCUAAAGAGGGGUAGUAAGGAUGGGUAAGGUGAGGUAAGGAGUCAUGGAGGAGGGGAGGGGUAGAAUCUCAGACUGUUAGAAGCUUACAAAAGAUUUAGGCAUGAGGAGUGGAAGGGUGAAGAGGGAGGGGGAAGGGUGUGGGGGCAAGGAUAGGCAUUCAAAGGUCGUAUCAACGCUGGGCAGCUCCGGUGUUUUCAAAGGGAAGAGGAGCUCAGGGUGCAUGGUAAGUGGGGCCGACUUAUCAAGAUGGUGCCAGGGUUGAGCAACUAUGGGGUUGGGUUGGUCGUCGGGUUGGCCAGAUUGGGAUGGAGAAGGUUGAGGAGGUUAAGGAAAGUGAAUGGGGGCUGGCGCAGGAGUGCCCCCCUGCAAGCCUCUGAAAACUGCGUCUGAUUCUGAAGGGUGAGGAGGAAGAAGAGGAAGAUUCUGAAGGGUAAUGGUGCCCCAAGGUUGCUUUUUUCAUGGGGAUAAUUUCUGGUUACUAUCUGUUGCUAUCUGAUUUUUCCUUUCUUUGUUUUUGAAUCACUUGCUGAAUUAUAGUUGGAGUGGAAGUACAGUUGGAAAGGUUAUUGAAAUCAUUGAAAGGAGACAAAGGGAGGUAGGAUGGAACAUUUAGGGCACGAUACUCUUACUAGCGCUUUCCUAAAUGCAUCUGGCUACAAUUACGGCCAGACCACGAUGAAUCUGACUGGUAUCAAGUCCAGAGCUCAGAGUAAAAAGUCUUUAGUGUG